AUGCUAGAAUUGUCAACACUCCUGGACGAUGCCACUGAAAUGUUACGACGACAGCCAUCUCUUCUUGAAAUCAAGGCGCCUUCAGCAGUCGUCGGAGAUCUACAUGGACAAUAUGAAGAUUUGAUAAGAAUUCUGAUGAUCUUCGAAAAGACAAGAGGAAAGAAAGUGCCUGACUUCACAGAAAGAAAAUCCAUGUUCUUCGGUGAUUACGUGGAUCGUGGAACGUAUUCCCUUGAAUGUAUUGUUCUACUCCUGCUGUUCGAUAAAUGA